AUGGUUAUAGAAAAAGUGCACGGUUUGCAGGCCACAGGAAUUAGUCUUAAUGACCGGUUUACGAUGCUGGCUUCAGCGGCUCCUGAUCGUGUUACACGCGCCAGGACUCCGCGGAGGCGCACUAACAUCGGGUCUUUCGGCUCAAUCGGCUUUUUUAAUCAAGGCUUUGACAUAAACAACAGAAACCUUAUUGAACAGAUUGCGAGGAAAUUGCAGCUUCAAGCCAGAAGGCAAGCUCUCAAACAACGACUUGGCAUAGCUGGCCCAUUGAGACGCUAUGGUAGUGAGAGCAGCUUGCCAGGGCUCAGACGCUCCAACAGUUUUGGCAAUCUAAAUCAAAGACAAAACAUAAAGAACAGAGUUGCUUGGCGGCAAUCAAACAAUAACUUAAGCCGCUCAGCGUCGUUUGGUAACUUAUCGCAAGGAACUUGGCGGGGUCGGGGCUUCCGUCGUCGAGGCGGAAGGGUCGGUGCUCUACGUGGCAGAGUCGGUACCUUACGUGGAAGAUUACGGGGCAGUCGUAUGCAGUUUGGGCGAACAUUUGGACGACCUGCGAAUCGAAUGCAGACUCGCACGCAGAAUUUACGCCGGCGCAUGCGUGGACGUGGCCGUGGCAGAGGUGGAGUUGUUAGAAAUCAAACCAAUCAAAAACCAGUGCCUACCAAAGAGGAGCUUGACGCCCAGCUAGAUCAGUACAUGGCAAGCACUAAGACGGCACUGGAUAAAGAGCUGGACGCCUAUAUGAAGAGUGCUAUGGAACUGGAGUAA